GAGAGUGCAGAGAAACCAUCUGAUGGGGAAGAAAAGGGCCGAGCGCAUCACGGGCUUCCUGGGGCUGCAGCCCCCGGCGCAGUUCCUCAUUCCGCUCGCACUCGGGCCUCAGGCUCGGUGGAGCUCAGCACCAGGAUGUUGGUGGCAGCGCUGAGGGGCCCCCACUGCCCCGUCAUGGCAUCUGCUCUCACCGUCCUCCUCGGCUGCUGGCUGGCCGGGCACAGCGGGGUGUGGGGAGGGCGUGAAUUUCUCAAACCCACCAUCUGGGUGAGCCCCAGCAGGGUGGUGGCGCUCGGGGGAAGCGUCACCAUCCGCUGUGAGGGUUUGUACCCAGGCAUGAAGUUCUUUCUACAUAAAGCUGGACACCCGAACCUGCAGGAGCAGUCGGUGCCUGAUGGGACCGUGGCUGAAUUUCCCAUCCGCAGUGUCGGCCGGGAAGAUGGAGGGAGCUACACCUGCGACUAUCGCUCCAUAACGGAUCAGAAUAUCACAUCGCAACUCAGCGACCCCGUCAAGAUCAUUGUAGGAGAGCCCAGCUACCCCAAACCCAGCAUCUCCCUGAGAACCAGCAGGGGGGGAGCUGUGAGCAUCUGGUGUCGGGGGCAGCACCGGGGCGUGCGGUUCGUGCUGAAUAAAGAGCGACGCCAUUUUGAAGCUAUGGAUUCAGACGACUUUGAGGCUGUGUUUCCCAUCAGCAACAUGAGCCGGGAACAGAGCGGGAGCUACAGCUGCUCCUAUCACAGCCGAUCGGAGCCGUUCGCCGUGUCGUACCCCAGCGACCCCAUGGAGCUGGUGGUGAGAGCAGCCUCCCCGGAUUUCAACAAAACCAACGUCGCCCGCCUGGGGCUGAGCGCCGUGGUUGUGCUCGUCCUGGGGCUGAUCCUGGCUGAGGCCUAUUACAGCCGCCCAAGGGGAGAGCCUGGAUCCAGCCGUGCAGGGAAGAGAAUCUCCCUGGGGUACGAGCCACUUUACCGCUUGGUGGAGCUGGGCACUGGGGUGUUGGUGGCAGCACUUAGGGACCCCCACUGCCCCAUCAUGGCAUCUGCUCUCACCAUCCUCCUUCUUGGGUGUGAAUUUCGCAAACCCACCAUCUGGGUGAGCCCCAGUAGGGUGGUGGCGCUCGGGGGAAGCGUCACCAUCCGCUGUGAGGGUUCGGACCCGGGCAUGGAGUUCUUUCUGCGUAAAGCUGGACACCUGAAUCCGCAGGCGCAGUCAGUGCCUAAUGGGACCGUGGCUGAAUUUCCCAUCCCCAGUGUCAGCCGGGAAGAUGGAGGGAAUUACACCUGCGACUAUCGCUCCAUAGCAGAACAGAAUCACACAUCGCAUCCCAGCGACCCCAUCAAGAUCAUUGUAGGAGAGCCCAUCUACCCCAAACCCAACAUCUACCCGAGCCGAAGCAGGGGGGUCUCCUUGAGGGGAACUGUGGCGAUCUGGUGUGAGGGGCAGCGCCGGGGCAUGCGGUUCGUGCUGAAUAAAGAGCGACGCCAUUUCCAACCUAUCGAUGCGACUGGGUUUAUGGUUGUGUUUUCCCUGAGCAACGUGAGCCGGGAGGACGGGGGGAGCUACCGCUGCUACUAUCACAGCAUAGUGGAUCCGUUCAACAUGUCAUACCCCAGCGACCCCAUGGAGCUGGUGGUGAGAG